GAGCUGUGGGCAGCGAGCCCGGCCCCGCCGCCAGCACUAAAGAUGGAGAGGCGCCGGGGCCUCGCAGGGGAGGGGGCUCGGCGUUGACGUGGGACGCGGCGGAGGCGCCGGGGCCGGUGGUGAUUUGCUAACCUCGCGGCAGAGAGGAGUUGAGGGCGAUGAGAGCGGGCACUGCGAACUGCCGGGCUUCGCCGCCGCUGCCGCCGUGACACCGAGAGCAACAGUUCCCCGCCGCCCGCUCCCGGCGCCCGCACCCCCGGCGGCGCGCACGCCCACCCGGCGCCCGGCGCGGCCGCGCCCUCUCCACUGGCCCACGAAACUCGGCCUGCCCCACCACGCUCGCAGAGCCCGGAAGGAAAGAGAGCCUCAUGCCUAAGCCGCGGGGAGCGCCAUGGAUCUGACGAAGAUGGGCAUGAUCCAGCUGCAGAACCCCAGCCACCCCUCGGGGCUCCUGUGCAAGGCCAACCAGAUGCGGCUGGCCGGGACGCUGUGCGACGUGGUCAUCAUGGUGGACAGCCAGGAGUUCCACGCCCACCGGACCGUGCUGGCCUGCACCAGCAAGAUGUUUGAGAUCCUCUUCCACCGCAACAGCCAGCACUACACGCUGGACUUCCUCUCGCCAAAGACUUUCCAGCAGAUCCUGGAGUACGCCUACACGGCCACGCUGCAGGCCAAGGCGGAGGACCUGGAUGACCUGCUAUACGCCGCCGAGAUCUUGGAAAUCGAGUACCUGGAGGAGCAGUGCCUGAAGAUCCUGGAGACCAUCCAGGCCACCGACGACAAUGACACGGAGGCCACCAUGGCGGACGGCGGGGUGGAGGAAGAGGAGGACCGCAAGGCCCGGUACCUCAAGAACAUCUUCAUCUCGAAGCAUUCCAGCGAGGAGAGCGGGUACGCCGGCGUGGCUGCGCAGAGCCUCCCCGGGCCCAUGGCGGACCAGAGCCCGUCCGUGUCCACCUCGUUCGGUCUCUCCGCCAUGAGUCCCACCAAGGCUGCUGUGGACAGUUUGAUGACCAUUGGACAGUCUCUCCUGCAGGGAACCCUUCAGCCCCCUGCAGGGCCCGACGAACCUGCUCUGGCCGGGGCUGGGCGGCUCCCUGGGGUAGUGGAGGUGAAGACGGAGAUGAUGCAGGUGGACGAGGUGCCCGGCCAGGACAGCCCUGGGACAGCCGAGUCCAGCAUUUCAGGCGGGUUGGGGGACAAGGUUGAGGAAAGGGGCAAAGAGGGGCCCGGGACCCCAACUCGGAGCAGCGUCAUCACCAGUGCGAGGGAGCUGCACUACGGGCGCGAGGAGAGCGCCGAGCAGCUGCCCACCCCCGUGGAGGCCGGCCAGGGCCCCCUCGGCCGACAGGAGCACCUGGCGCCCACGGCGGAGAAACAUCUGGGCGUCUACUCCGUGCUGCCCAACCACAAGGCCGACUCCGUGCUGAGCAUGCCGUCGUCGGUGUCCUCAGGGCUGCACGUGCAGGUGCAGCCCGCCCUGGCCGUGUCCAUGGACUUCAGCACCUAUGGGAGCCUGCUGCCGCAGGGCUUCAUCCAGAGGGAGCUGUUCAGCAAGCUGGGCGAGCUGGCCGUGGGCAUGAAGGCGGAGAGCCGGACCCUCGGGGAGCCGUGCAGCGUGUGCGGGGUGGAUCUCCCCGACAACGAGGCUGUGGAGCAGCACAGGAAGCUGCACAGCGGGAUGAAGACGUACGGGUGCGAGCUCUGCGGAAAGCGGUUCCUGGACAGUCUGCGGCUGAGAAUGCACUUGCUGGCUCACUCAGCGGGCGCCAAAGCCUUCGUCUGCGAUCAGUGCGGUGCCCAGUUCUCGAAGGAGGACGCCCUGGAGACACACAGGCAGACCCAUACAGGCACGGACAUGGCCGUCUUCUGUCUGCUGUGCGGGAAGCGUUUCCAGGCGCAGAGCGCCCUCCAGCAGCACAUGGAGGUCCACGCGGGCGUGCGCAGCUACAUCUGCAGCGAGUGCAACCGCACCUUCCCCAGCCACACCGCCCUCAAGCGCCACCUGCGCUCGCACACAGGCGACCACCCGUACGAGUGUGAGUUCUGUGGCAGCUGCUUCCGGGACGAGAGCACACUCAAAAGCCACAAGCGCAUCCACACGGGCGAGAAGCCCUACGAGUGCAAUGGCUGCGGCAAGAAGUUCAGCCUCAAGCACCAGCUGGAGACGCACUACAGGGUGCACACAGGGGAGAAGCCCUUCGAGUGCAAGCUGUGUCACCAGCGCUCCCGGGACUACUCGGCCAUGAUCAAGCACCUGCGGACGCACAACGGCGCCUCGCCCUACCAGUGCACCAUCUGCACCGAGUACUGCCCCAGCCUGUCCUCCAUGCAGAAGCACAUGAAGGGCCACAAGCCCGAGGAGAUCCCGCCCGACUGGAGGAUAGAGAAGACCUACCUGUACCUGUGCUACGUGUGAAGCGGGCAGGCGGGCGGGCGGGCGGAGGAGGCGUUAGCGCAGGUGGAGUCGGGGAAGAACACGUGUCUAUAAAGAAGGGAAAAGGAGGAAAAAGGAAACCUGAUAGUUCUCUCUGGCCUCGGAGUCUCUCUGGGGCUCCCGGGGACCAGGCGGCCCCGCCAUGGCCCCUGCCCGGGCCUCCGUCCCUCCUCUCCCGGCUGGAGGUGGGGGUGGAGGGGUUUUGUUCUGCUCACACCCUCUUGUAUGUCCAGAAAUGGAGUCUGAGAAGAAGGUGAGGGGUGUCCGGGUCAGAGCCAGUCUCCGCCUGCCAUCCUCAGCCUUCUUAGAAGAUGGAGGCUCUCGGGGGGGAAGAGGGGGGAAGGGGGCAGCGGGCCUGCAGAUAGGGGGGGGGCUGGACGGGGGCGCUGGCUGACACUCAGAGUGGCAGCUGGUUUGCUGGGGGCAGAAGGGGGUGGGGAAGGACGCCUCUUCCCCUCCCUCACUCAUUUCACCUGUCGCUUCCCUCUGCUCUGCUGAUCUGCAUGUCCCUCCUGGUCUUCAGGAGCCUCAAGGCUCUUGCCCCUCCCCCAGCUCCUGGUCCCCGCCGACCCCUGCCUCCUCUCCUCCAGUUCAGGGAGUGCCCAGCCUUCCCCCACCCCCCACCCCCAUCUCCUUCGUGGGGAAUCUGUGUCCAGCCCAGAGCCCCAUUCCCUCCCACCUUAGCCUCUGAGAACAGAAGCAAAUGGAAGACCCGCCCUCAGGAAGCCCUGUCCUGAGAGAUUGGCCUCCCAGAUGGAAAAACACCUAAAUCCUUCCAGAUACAUGGUCCCCGGACACCCGGACAGGGCUCCCUGCACCUCCUCAGGCCCAGGGAGACGGAGUGGGUGGGAGGGCUGCUGUCCCAGGGGAGGCCGUGGGUGUCCUCCCGGUGUGCCCUCCCCCGGAGAAGGGGCACCUGCCGGCAGUCAGGGUGCUGGCCAAGGGGUGCUGUCGAGUCAUCCUGGGGACCUUUCAGACACCCCAGACCUGGUGAGCGCAGUGGGAACCCCAGGUCCAGAGAGGGCACAGAAUUCCUGGCUCGCCCCCCACCCUCCCCGCCAGGCCACAGGAAGAGGAGGAGUUGUUGAAAGCGCUUCGGCCUUGUGUUGCUUCUUUUGUGUGUCUGGGUUCCCCUGUUAGCACAUUGGGCUUGAAUUACCUCAGUUUUUUGUGACCUCGUGAGCUUUUGUAACCCCUGCAUCUCUCCUUCUGGUUGGGGGCUGGGAGAAUGGGGAGGGAGUUCUUUUCUGUUUCUUGUGUACAUGAGUAGUUGGCUUAGUACCUGUCCGCUGGCCGCGGCCCCCAGCCCUCCCAGGGCAGCCGUCUCCCAGCUGGAAGGAGCUGCCGGAAGGAUGGAUUCCUCGGGACCUGGGUGUGGAGACUGGGUCCCCGGAAGGCGGGCAGAGGGCGAGGCGGGUAUUGGGGGCCUUUGGAGUCACUGUUGGCUCUGCCCACAGCAUGAACGCAUCAGUUCGGCCUAAAACACUCUGGACACAACCCCCCUUUCUGACAGGGCUGGGUCUGAGGGCCUGUGUUAUUCAGGUCCUUGCGUCUGCGCAGCCCCGCCUCUGUGUGCGACCCCACCUCUGGUUGCGGCCGCCUCUGUGUGCGUUAAUCAUUGCCAAAAUCGGUCUGUUUCCUGGCUGCGAGGGAUGCGCCCGUCGUGCUUCUGUGGGUGGGGUGGGUGUUGUUUUCUGAAAGCUACCUCUUCUGUUCGCCCUUCCUCUGUCCCCUCCUGCCCGCCUGCGGCCCCCGGCCCGCUCCCCCGGGCCCGCUCCCCCCGGCCUCCGCCCCCGCUUAUGAAAGCACAUUCGCCCUGUUCGUGUGCACCGUGGGAUGGGCCCUCUGUUUCGUCUCAUGCUGUAUUUGUCCGAGUUGUUUUCUUUCCUUUCUCUCUCUGCGUUUCUGUCUUAGGUUUUAAAAAGUGGUGUAGGGAAGAAGCAUUGUGGGGAGGAGCGUUGUGAGGCGCACAGGGAAGUCGGAGGGAUGGGUGCUGCUGACACCACCCCCGUCCCUCCAGGCUUGCCCACCCGAUUUGAAGGCCUUAAAAACUGGGGGGGGGGGGGGGGGGGAGGUAGAGGACUGGGGGCGGGGCAUGUCGCUGGACUGUUGAUUGGGAGUGAUAAAUGGGGAGGAUGCUACUUUGCAAUGAUAAUAAUCAGUUAGUGCUUUGGGGAAGGAGAAAGCUAAACUUGAAAUCCGUGACUGGAGCAGUCGUGGUUAUAAUGUGAAGAGGGAAGUGGCUGGAGAGGAGCCGUCUGUAGGAAUUCAUUGUGCACUAUGGCUUCCCUCCCCCAGGCUGGGGGGAGAGGGGGGCAGUCUGGCCCUGGGACCUGUGAGUCCCCGGAGACAGUGUCUUCACAGCGAGAUGGCAUUGGACUUCGGUGGGGAAGGAGGAGAAAUCAAACUGUUCCCUAGACCUGGCUGACACUGUCACCGCCCCACCGCCCCACAGCCGGGCCUCCUCCCCUUUGCAUCACAGCUGAGAGGGUGGAGCUGAUCUUACAAAUUGUAAUAUUUUUGUAAUGUUCCUUAGUUCCUUCGUCAGUUCUGCAGGCCCUUGCCCUUUCCUUUUGUAAUGUGCAUAGGAAAAAAAAAAAAAAAGACAAAAAAAACUCCACCACCACCAAAAUGUCCCUUUGUGCGUGUGUGUGCGUGUGCGUGUGCGUGUGCAUGGCUGCUUGUGUGUGGUGUGAGGCCAGGCAGUGCAGCCCUAGGCGGUCCUGAGUCGCAUCUGUGCCCCUCGGGCCCUGGGAACCCCAGAAGGGAGGCAGGGAGAGGGGCCUGGACUUGGGUUUCUGAAGGGCCCUGGGUGGGAGCCCUGGAGCUUGCUUUGUUCCCCCGCGGCCCCCACAAAGCCUCCGACACCCGGACAGAGGCCAGCGCGCCUCCUGUUCGGCUCCUGCUCACAGAGAUGAGAGUGCUGGGCCUGCCGAGGCCGCCGUGGCCCGGCCUGAGGGCGAGGAGAGGCCAGGAAUCACCUGGAGCCUUUGCUGUGUUGGGCAGAGGGGGCUUGGAGAGCAGGACGGAGGAGGCUGUGCCCCCCCGGGGGAGGCCUCAGUGGCUUGGCCCCCUCUUCUCUCUGCCAUCGGGCCCUGGACCGCCUUCGGCCUGUGGCCGUGGCCGGCGGACACCCUGCUCGCCGCGGCCUGGGCCAGCGCCUCCCGCUCCCCGGUCUGCGGGGUCCAGGCCAGUCCCCUCCCCGCUCGCUCCUGCAGGCGUGGCCCCGAUGCUUCCAGCAGCAGUGCCCUCACGCCUGCUCCUUCCCCAGCCCCUCCUUCCCUCGCUCGAAGCACCGAGAUCCUCCGUGUGUAGGCUAGACAGAUAUAUAGAGAGAGAUGUAUAGCAAGAGAGAUGUAAAUAGUGACUAUCACUGCUGCUCUGGAGGAGGCCACGGAGGUGAGGAAGGAGGGUCGGGGUGCGGGUGGGGAGGGAGGCUGGGGUGGGGGGGCAGUGACUCCGUACAAUCCAGGGAUGCAAUGUGGGCUUGUUGCAUAUUUGUGCCUGAACAGUUCUCCAUGUUUAGAAAAAAAAGAAAAGGGAAAAACCCUGCUGCAGUGUUUGCAAGGUGCGUGGCCCCUUUCGGGGAGCUGCUGGCGCGGGACUGUGGGCAGAGGCCCAGGAGGGAGAGGACCUUUGGGCUCAGAGUGGCGGGGGGCAGGUCUGGGCCCGGCCCCCGCCAGCCCAGCGGGAGGGAGAGCAGGGGAUGUGAGACAGAGCAGAGAAAGAAGAAGCCGUCGGUUCUAGGCCUGUGGUACGUAGGUAGCUCUCCCUCCCAUCCCGUUUCCUCCUUCGGGGGCUUCAUGGCAGCGCCUGCCUGGACGUUCCGUGGGGUCUCCGCAGCCAGACUGAGGCUUCACGGACACGGAUGGGGGCGGGAGGGGUGGGGAGGGCGGGAGGCAGAGCCAGCCAGGAGAGGGCCAGGAGGGAGGCUGGGGGGAGAGAGGGGUGCAGGCCUCUCCCCAUCCCCCGGCCAGUGAGCCAGCAGCCCUGCUCCCCGAGGCCCGGGUGCCCGCGUUGCAGACAGGGUACGUGCCCCCUGGCGUGUGUCCUCGGGCCCGUUCCCGUGGCGUCAUGCAUGAUCCGUGCGAGGAGGGGACGGCGCCAUGGCGGUGCACCGAGACACCCGCCCCAUCUAUAUAGAGAUAAAUAUAUAUAAAUAUAUACAUAUAUGUGUGUGAUUAAAGCACUGGGGGCCCCGGCCCUGCUGGACCAAGCAAAGCCCAGCCUUCGGCUUGGGUGUUCUGUUCUGUUUCGUCGUCUGUUUUUUUUGUGGCUCGUCUUUUGUCGUGACAGCACAAGUGCCCGUCCGAUCGCUCUGUGUUACAGAUAGUGUUUUAAUUAUUGCUGUUCUAGUUCAUGUCUACCUCAGCACCUCCUCUUAGCCUAAUUUUAGGAGGUUGCCCAAUUUUGUUCAAUUAUACUGGUUACUUUUUUGUACAAAUCUCUCUCUCUCUCUCCUUCUCUCUCCCUCCCGCUGCUCUGUCCCUCCCCACCUUCCCCUCUCAUUUCUGUUGGUUUGUUUCACUCCCACCCCCCCACUCCCGCCCCUGCCCCUGCCCCAGCCCCAGCCUGGUGACCCAGGUUUGCUUGCCGGCCCCACCCGCCCAGCCCCGAAGCCGUCCCUCCCCGUCGUGCGGUCCCGGGUGAGCUCUGCGCCGCUGCCUUCGUUUCGUGUAGAUGGAUGCGUCUCUCUGUAAUUCCAGUGUUCUGACAACAUUUAAAGGAAAACAUGAACUUACUGCUGCAGGUUUCUCUCUCCAUGUGUCACUCAGUGAAGUUGUGCCUUCUAUAGCAAAGAGAAUAUUUUUUACAUCCUACUAACAGUAGAUUUUUUUGUAGUGAACAUUUUUUUGUAUUUUUAUUUAUAAGUCUCAUAAGGAAAAUAGCGAUGUUCAGUUGUAUACCUUGAAUCUGCAGUUAGAAGAGAAUAAAGUUAAUUCAGUUGUC